GUGGUGAAGGAAGAAGAGGAGGAAGUAAUCUAUCGAGAUGUGGAUGAGGAGGAGAAACCUACGCAGACGGGGAGGAAGGACGCGAAGAAAGACCGGGGAAGAAGACGAUAGGAAGGGGACGCGGAUGUGGCACGACGCCAGCCCAGACGGGGCCGGGGCGAUCUUCCCGAGCGGGCUACGGCCGGGUACUAUACAACCUGACCCAGCAUAUUUGUUUGAUGUUAUUAUACGACGACUCUCCACUGCUACACAAACCCGGCCAGCAUCGUCGCACAAACUUACAGUUAAAGCACAAAUUAAGAAGAUGGCCUGCGUAGCCGUCCUCCGGUUCCUGGUGCUGGUGCUCGCCUGGACCCUCGCCGCGUUCGCGGUUUCCGGGGAGCAGGACUGCUACGACGACAGGGACUGGAUCAUGGAGAUCUGCUACGAGAGCAUCAAGAAGGAAGGCCCCUACGCGCUCCCGAACGUGACGUGCCGCCGCGAGGUGAGGAAGGUGGACAUGCCCUGCAUCUGCCGCGUCCUCACGGCCGCCGACGAGCGGGUGAUCAGCGCCGAGAAGCUCGUCCGCUGCGCGCGCGACUCCGGCGUCAACCUGCCCUUCGGGACCAAAUGCGGGAGCUAUCCUAUUGUGGUGCCGCCACCGCCGCCUCCAUUCCCACGGCCCUGAGGUGUUUCGUUCCGUUGUCCGGGAGGAAGGUGAAUGAAUGGGAGAUUUGAUAGGUCGUGGAAGAAUAACUGCUGGAGAAGCACUCUGAAAUCUGAAGUAGCCUUCCGUCGUUUCUCUGAAACAACUGCAAAUUCCGUCCAACGGGUUUCUCUGAAUAACGAUAUUGAAUUUUUGCGUU